AUGAGUACUCAUAGACUUCCUGGACAAAAGCCUGAUGAGGAUGAAGAAACAUACCUUGCCAGGAUUGAAGCUCGUGUUCAAGAAAAACUAGCAGCAGAAGGCCAAGUUCCAGACAGAUUCUCCACAUUAACAUCUCGUGGAACUUUCCGUGAAGAACACCCAAUCUAUAGAACAACAAAUAACGAUUAUGGCGCUAUGGAUAUGUCUGAAUACGAGCGCCCAGCAACUUACAAAACUGUUUCUCGUCAAUUCACAGAAAAGCAGCAUCUUGGUAUUAACUUUGAGCACGGUGGAUUUAACUUAUAA